GGGCAGGGGGCAGCAGGGUCCAUGCCGGGGGCACUACGGAGGGCACCCUAGAGUAGGGCACUGCGGGGCGAGGUGGUUGGGCCCUUGGUCCAGUCUGGUGCGGGAGCGCUCGGGGUAGGAGCUGGGCACUCAGGACAGGGCUGUGGAUCCACCUGGCAGCUCCUGCUCCGGGCCAGCGCCUCCCAAGCCUGGUCCCGUGAGUGGAUGGGGAUGGAGCCCACGGAGACGGACUACCAGAAACAAUUCCAGGCCGCUGUCAGAGUCAUUCAGGGCCUGCCUAAGAACGGGUCCUACCGCCCCCCCUACGAGGUGAUGCUACGGUUCUACAGCUACUACAAGCAGGCGACAGUGGGCAGCUGUGAGAUCCCCCGGCCUGGAUUCUGGGAUCCCAUCGGCCGGUAUAAGUGGGACGCCUGGAACAGGCUGGGGAAGAUGUCCAGAGAGGAGGCCAUGGCAGCGUAUAUCUCGGAGAUGAAGAAGAUAGCCCAGAAGGUCAUUGACACGAUCCCGGCGGGCGAGAUGUCUGAGGACGUGUUUGGGUUCUUCGAACCUCUCUAUGAGGUGAUACACGACAUGCCCCGGCCCCCCGAGUCCUUCUUCAAGAAGAAGGCUG